UUGAGGCGAGGCGGUGCCGGGGCGGGAAGGGGAGGGGAGGAAGAUGGCGGCGCCCAGCGAGUGGCCCAGUUGCCAGGACUUCUCCGAGUUCCAGGAAGUAUUGCGGUUGAUGCGACAAAUUGAUGAUAGGAUAAUCCAUGAAUUAAAUACCAGUCUCCCCACAGCAUCCUUUGCUGGGAAGAUUGACGCAAGUGCAAGGUGCAAAGAGCUUUACCUUUCUUUGAAGAAAGCUCACACAAGUAGGGAUAAGGCCAUCAAGACCUGCAUAAACCAGUCCUACAGUGCGGUGAACAGAUUACGAGAGGAGAGAAAUAAAGACAAGGAUAACUUAACGCUAAUAAAACAACUUCGAAAAGAACAGACUAACGAAGUUGUUCUAACACCAGAGGGCGCCAGUUGAAAGAAAUGGGCCUAGGACACAGACAUGACUAUGGUGCACAACAUGGCUACAACGUGGAACGAUAAUUUUGUUUAUUUUAUUUAUUGUCAUU